UAAUGAAAUAGAUAACAUUCUGACCUUUUUUCACUUGUCUUUGACUUUAUACACAACUAUUGGGAUAUAAAUUAUUUAAAAAAUGCUUUUAAUUUUUGUUUUCCAAAGUCUGGCUUGUUUUCAUGGAAUUCAGGGAUUUCUCUUUGAAACCACUGACGUUCAUCAAGUUGAUGCAACAGCCGAUACGGAUUGCGGAAGAGUUCGUGGAAACUGGUCACGAAAUGAUGGGGCAAUUUCGUUUCUUGGGAUACCUUAUGCUGAACCACCAGUUGGCAAUCUAAGAUGGCGGCCUCCUGUACCCAUUAGAAAGAAUCGCAACAACUGCUGGUCAGAUACACUUUUAGCUGAACAAUUUGGGAGUAAAUGCGUUCAAAGAGACCCUGAUAACUCCUCCAAAACAGUUGGAAGUGAAGAUUGUUUGUUCCUGAAUGUUUUUACACCCACUCUGAAUACGUCUGCUGAACUUCCGGUCAUGUUCUGGAUACACGGAGGAGGCCUUACAAGCGGGACCGGAAGUGAGCCUGGUUAUUCUCCGACGGCAGCGUUAGCGAAAUCAUUAAACGUUGUGUUUGUCAGUAUAAAUUACAGGUUGAAUGCGUUUGGUUUUAUGGCGCUAGAAUGGCUAAAAGGCGGUUCUUCAACAAAUACUUCCGGUAACUAUGGUUUCAUGGACGCCAUUCAAGGGCUUCAUUGGGUACAGGAAAAUAUUAAAAACUUUGGUGGUAACCCACAAGACGUGACGGUAUUUGGCCAAAGUUCAGGCGGAACUGUUGUGGUAGCUCUGUUAGCCUCGCCAUUGUGUAAAGGCCUAUUUCAUAAAGCAUGGAUGCUGAGCGCCUCGCCAGUUUUAAACAAAACUGCAUCUGACGCUUUUAAGGACAAUGAAGUUUUCGUUAAGAACACUGGGUGUGGUGACGUCCAUUGUCUGUAUAACCUGUCGGCAUCAGAAGUGACCAGUAGUGUACCAUGGGAUAUAUAUCCAUACUGGGGCAUGGAAGAUCUAAUUGAACUGCCAGAAAAGGGGAAAUUUGAUGGCGCUCUUGCUAUUGUUGACGGUUAUGUUCUGACCGAAAGUCCGUUUGAAGCAUGGAUCAACGGAAAUGGCGUUGACGUUCCAGUUUUAGUAGGAACAACAGCGCAGGAAACUGACAUUGGACUCUUCUACCAGGGCAUAUCAAACUGGACCUGGGGGACAAAAGAGUACAAAGACCACGUGACACAGAAGUUGAAUUCAUUCAGUGAAAGUUUAGCUUUGACGGCUGCUAAUUUGUAUCCGGAGAACGUUUCUACCCCUGAGUUUCAGUUCACGUCUAUGGUAACGGAUGUAAGAGUCACGUGCGGUAAUGACUACUUGGCCACAGUACUUGCUGCGGGAUUUACGUCCCCUGUUUACCGCUAUGUGGCAACGUACUAUACCAAAAAUCACGACUCCACGUUUGCUUAUGGAGAUAUCCAAAGCAAUUAUGCAUUUCAUGGCAUAGACAUAUAUGCAUUUUUUAAUGAAAUGGCCUCAGCGAUGACAGAUACACCCGGACCUGCUGAUAAUGCUUGGAAAGAUAACGUUCAACGCGAGGCAGUGAAUUUUGUCACAAUGGGAAAGCCGGCGACAGCUGAAUGGCUUAGAUAUCCAGGUACCACAGCUGAACUUGAUACGGACACGAAGGUGUUCCGUGGUUAUCACACGUCACAAUGCCAGUUUUGGCUAAAGAAUGGAUUUUUCGCGUAUUCUUGGAUCAACUGAGAGUUUUACUUAUCCCGUGAACGUGUCUGACUUGAAACUUAAAUUGUCUACAAUUAUCAUUUUGUUAUUCAGAUGGCGUUGUUUCUAGAUUAAAAAUACUUUAGUUA